AUGCACACAUGCACAGAUAAGCAUUCACCGGCACACAGACACGUCUUGAUUACGUGGGCGGUAAACUCCUUUCAACGCCGAGCUUAUGCAAUGGUCAAUUAUUACUUUGCCUCCUGCAGCGCCCAUUCACCUCGGCCGGCUGCUCUCUCUUCCUCCCACGUGCUAUUUAGUCUCGUUUCACUCCAUAUUGCCCAAACUUGGCCAUCCGGAAGACAUACAGAUCCCAACUCCAGCCGGCAGCAACUGGCUGGACUAAUCGGACGGGCUCGAGGGGAAAUCUAUCCUCGAUUUGGUGGAAUUAUUGAAAUUGCCUCAAUCCCGACUGGUCAGAUGAUGGCGCCAAAAUGGAGGCACGACGAUGUGUGUGUGUGUGUGUGUGUAUUGUUCAGUCGGACCGGGGUGAGGUGA